AUGAUGGACAUCCCAGUCGAGGUGCAGAUUUUGCUGGCAACAUCCAAAGAGCUGGCACGGGCCGUGUCCAUCAAAAAGAAGGCUGUUCAGGAGGUGAGAAAGCUUUCCAAGCUCAGUGCAGAGGAGACACAGCAGCUUGUCGGUGAAGAGGUCGACAGUGUGGAGCCUUCCUCUUCAAGGUCAGCAGAGAAGGGCGACCUACCACCCGAUGACGGCGAAGUUGAUUCGACAGCCAGGGCUGACUUGCCCGCGACAGCUCGCAAGCGCGGCAGGAGGCUCUCCACUUCAAAAGCCACCGGAUCAGCACAAUCAGCACAAUUGUCACAAGCUCCUCGUUCUGGCGCUGGCGACGCGGAUCUCAGCGGAGAGGUCGAAGCCGGGAAUGAAAGCUGGCCGAUCCGACCCGCUGGGUCGAAAAGCCCACGGACCGGGCAGCUGUCACCCAAAGGAAAAGCGAAAGAAGCGAAAGCUUCCAAGGCUCAAGCAGCACAGCAAGCGAAUACUGCAGCUCAGGCCGCCCAGGCGGCAAAGGCGGCUCAAGCCACAGAUGCUAGGAAAGGCAAGCAGCGAGGAGAGCUGGAUACUGACAACUUCGAGACACAGUCGCCUGCAGAAAGGAGGGCAGUCACUCUGUCAGCACUGUCCGCUCAGGAGAGGAGUGACUCUGCGGCUGCAGGACGAGCGAGGUCGAAGAUAAAUGUUUCCGGCGACGACCCGAAUGACAAGAAGCUCAAGGCAGCUAACUUGGAAAAUCGGUCGGUGGCACGAAAGUUAAAUCAACGACAACAGGAGUUGGAGAAGCUGGCGAAGCAGGCUCUAGGCCGCAAGGCCACUGUGCCUCGAAAGCAAGACACAGACACAGAAGCAGGCUGGGAAAAGAAGAUCCACGGUAUGCAGGUCAGCAUCAGGAAUGGGGCGAAGAUGGCGGACUUUUGGGAGGAGCGGCUUGGAGUUUGGCAUGAGGAGGUCGAAGCUCGUUGCGGGGAAGAGGUCUUGCUUGAGCUCCAGCGGCUGUCAGAGUUGAAGCCCCCGGAGCGAGAUUUGAUGCCUUUGCAGAUGGCACUGCUCAGGCGUGCAAGGACGGACAUGCAGAAUGUGGACAGGGUGCAGCAGGCUGGAACAGAUCUCAAGCAGCGCUUUGCUGCUGCAGUGGAGCAUGGAGACGUGAACCUCAAGGAUCUUCAGAAGGAAGUGUCCAACAUGAUGAAGCGGCUCUCGGCGGACUUGUCACUGGGUCCUCCAGGCCUUGCCCUUACUGCAAGCGCAGUAUCUGCUGGGACAGCUGGGACCUCCAGGUCUCCUGCAGGGCGUGGCGAAGGUACAGCCGAUGCUGCCGCUGCGCGCAGGUCAGUCCGACAGUCCAUGAAGAGCCGGAAGACGGCCGUAGAGGCAGCUCGGGAGGCUUUGCGCCAACGUAUGGCAGGCGCGCACGCAGCAAGAGGGCAGAGUCGAGGUCCUCAAGCGAGCUUUUUCGCCUCCAGCCAAGGGGUGAAGACGAUGCCCCUGACAGAUGUCAAGGAUCUGGGUUCCAGGAAGAGUCUGCACGCGAUGCGGCAGCAGCUGGGCGUCAGGCGGACUCUCGUCGCCGACGAGGGCCUGAUGUGCCGUUCAACAGCCGCGAGUGCGUCUGGCGAAGCCUCUCCGGCAUCUGAGCCGCUCUCAAACCAAUUGCAGAUUGGGCGUAGCCAACGGAAGACGCUAUUGCCGCAGGCUGCUCUGGGUCACAAGGCAAGGAUGACUUUGAGGUCCAGUAGGCUGGAUGCUGCCUCGACGGAGGAGGCUGGUGCAGACAGUAAACGGAGAAGCCUCAAGGAAGAGCUUCGGGAGCCAUCCCUGGAUUCGCUGUCAGACAGGCAAAGUCUGAGCGACAGUGAAGAUGGAGUGGGGCCAGGUGGUGCAAGGCCAGAUCGCCGUUGGUCUGGUGCAUCGUCCAACCCAGAGGAGACAAAUGUGUGGAUUGAGAAGACUCCGUCGCACCAAGCCUUGCUGUUGCUACGCUCUUGCCGUGCGAAGCUCAUCCAAAGAUUUGGUGGUAUCGAUCGUGCAUACAUCAGGUCUGUCCCGGCCCUGACCGGCAUGACAGCCGAAGUUUUCCGACAGCUUGUGAAUAUGAUGAACUUCAGUGACGAGGAUGCUCAGAGCAUGUUCAGCCUGCUUCUCCGGAGCAGGCCAACGAAAGAACCGCGGAAUCAAGGAGGAUCGAGAACGCUAAGGCGUUCUGAGAAAGCGAAAGAGGAGACCCCACAUUUCGAACGGCCAGAGUUCAACGAGGCACUGCGGCGAAUAAUUUCCAUCCGUACUCUCCAGCAGCUGAGAGCGAGGCUGCGCUUGAAAUAUGGCACUUGCGAGGCGAGUGCUGCUGCCGCCUUUGGGAAGCGGCAGGUGCUGGAUCGGGUGAGUUUCCGCGACUUCUUACUUGAGAACGGUGUGUCCGGCCGGGAGGCACGGAAUCUGUUCUUCAAGAUGGCAAGGAACAAUGAAGUGUCCAGCUCAACUCACGACGGGCAAGAGCCAGACAAUGAAGGCCAUGUCGAUCAGGUGACUCGCCUUGCCUUCUUCAAAUCGCUGGUCCUCGCCGAAGGCCUGCAAGCUGCAGAAGUUUUCCGCGAGGAGCUCAUGGAGAUGCUUGGUCACGACGCCAACGGCGCAGCCCUGCCCGGUCCGUCAGCCCUUCCUGUCCUGGGCGCGAGGUUUGAACGAAUUCGGAGAGGGGCGGCGGCGCUGACGGAGGACCUCCUAACGAACCUUUUUCAAGGGGUCGACCGCGCUGUGGCGGAGGCGAAAACUCCACAUGUCAGCGAAGGGCUGCCGGACAACCGCGCAUUCAACUUCCAGCUGCCGGGUCUGCCGCAGGCCGAACCGUACAGCAAGCCUGGUGGCACUAGCCGGCACGUGGAUGCCACAGCACUCGGCGGUGUCACAUCGAACCGUCGGAACAGCUUCGUGGCACGAGUUGCGCCAGCUGCAGUCGCCACGGCACGUGGGACAGGGUCCAAGUCUUCCAACGCACCUGGAAGAGGCUCCCUGGCCCUGUCCGGACUGAAUGCUGAUCAUCUGGAUCGGCGAUCGCGCAAUGAACCGAGUGAAGCUGCCAGUCAAGGCACUUCGAGCUCAUCUGAGUCGGGAUCCGAUACGCCUGUAGACGGUGCACACAGACGGCCGUCCCAGCUCAUUCCACUUGGUGUUAACGGGAGGACGACAAGCAAGGCGAGCAGCAGCCGGUCGAGGAGAAGCAGUUUAGCAACGUCCGAGUCCAGCAGGUCAGAAGAUGUAAAGAGAUUCUCCUUGCUCGAAAAACGCCUUCAUGUUGAAACAGAGAUGCAGUUCAAUGCGGCUCUCUUGAAAGUGUUUGACAACAUGGUGCUUGGCCCAGACAUCAACCCUUGGGAACCUAUGACGCGAAACCAUUUCAUGCAUGUUUUGAAGCCGAUGAAGAAGCUGAGCGAAGAGAAUCUGAAGGCCCUCUUCCUCCUAGAUGGCCAUCGCCAGUCCGAGGGGAAAGCAAUCCCUCAAGAGCUGGCCUUGCGGGCCUUGGCAGGUUUCGGUCAUGGCUGCCGAGAGCUCAAGGUGCAUCUUGGCUACAAAGUGGAAGAAGAAUCCAAGCUUCCGAAAGUGAAAGCUGCAGCCAAGCCGAAGGCAGCGGUGACAGCAACGGAAGCAACUGGUCUGGUGGUUGCAGGUCCUUCGAACCUUCAAGCCUUGACGGAGGAUGGGAAAGAGCUUCCAGGCCUUGCUAUUGGCACGCGCCUUGCGGGUAAGGAACUGUUUGCGAAAGCCGUCAGAAAAGUUGGGCUUACCACAAAGCUCAUGCCAAAGAAGGAGGCCGUAACGUUACCAGCCUUGACAGUUGUUGGCAAAGAGGGCACUGAGGAGCGCGAGGCCUCUCCCUUCCAGUGGCGACCGGUACGAAAAGCUUCAAGCGUGCUGAGGCAAUCGUCCAGUCUCGGCGAGCUUGAUGUGAGGUUGAGUGGCAAGGUGGCUUGGACGAGCUAUGCUUCCAGAGAUGAGGCUGACAGGAAAAACACACCCACACUCCAUGCGCCUGAGCUGGGUGAAGCGGACAUCAUCGAGCUUGAAUCGCUUGCGAAGCGCGAGUCGAACAAGCUGACCCAGAGGCUUUCGUUCUUCGCAGACAAGCGGCACGCUCUGAUAUGGUCAGAGUUACGAUCGGCGUUUGCCACUCUGCUGAAGAAGGGCUCAGCCCUUCAAGCGUUUCAGCAAUUGGGAGGUGAUACCCUUGAAAGAGAUCCUUUGCGAGACGCUCUCGUCCGAACUCUGAGUCUGCCAACAGUUGAUGCAGAGCGGAUAACGGCUGCCGUGCUGACCAUUGAAUCUGACGAUGCUGUCGGGAGGGAUGACUUCGUGAGAGUCUUGAGAUUUCUCCAGCCAGUGCGCUCUGUUUUGGAUUUCCGCACGCGCUUGGUUCAACGAUUUGGUACGGCCGAUGCUGGCUUGGAUGCUUUCGUGGAACGCCUUGGAAACGGUACCUUGUCCAUAGAACUGUUGGAGAAUGUGGCACUGGGAUUUGGCAUGGGCCGUCAGGAAAUGGAUGCGAUUUUCAAGCAAGCAAGUGUGCUGGGUGGCGGCGGCGGAGUCAGAAGUGCUGAGAUUCUGAGGCUAAGCGUGCGCCACGCUCACAUUCUACAACAGCUUCACCUGCUUGAGCAAUAUCUGGGUGGGCCGUCAUCCUGUCACGCAUGGCUCAACGACCGACCGAAUGCCACGGUAUUUGAUGUUCUUCAGCCACUUGGUGUUUCCUCAAACUUCUGCCAGCAGCUUGUUGUCAUGCUUCGCGAUCGCGCCUUGAAUUCCGUCAAGGCAGGGGAGUCUGCGGCUGACCUGAUGGAGGUCAUGCAGUGCCUGGCCGAGACGGAAUCGGAAACAGCACUGCCGGAAAGCACAGGAAGAGAGGACCUGGACCAAGCGGGCCUGGAAGCGGCUAAGGAGCUCAGAAGGCAAGGCGCAGCUUGGUUUCCGACUUCUCAUGUUGGAAGCACGGGUCCAGCGUUUUUGAAUGCUUUUUGA